AUGAGGCUCGUGGCGAAGGGAAUAUCGGUAGAGCGAGACCCGAAUACUGGGAGAGCCAUCUCUAUCGACACACCAGUUAUCUCGACCAAGCAAAGACCGGAUCAGGCCUGGUUCAACUUCGCAUUUGUUCUGCUGGAAGAUCACAGUGGGCCCAAUAAGCAAUCCACAUUGCUUUGCUUCGAUGCUCCUCAUCAGCUACACAAGGAGUUCAACGACCUGGCCAUCUCAGAUGAGCAAUUCGACGAUUCCUACUUCGUCUUCAGCGUGAUUUUGAAGGUCAUUUGGAAAGUUAUGGAUGAUGUUUCGUGGACAUUGGCAGACGUGUUUCGCAACAUCGAGAAGAGCACUUUGGAUAGAACAGCAAACGACAAGAGCGCAGGACAGUCUGUCAACUUCUCCGAGUUGCACAACAUCUCCAAGCACCAUAUAUACAUGUCGGAGGCAUUUGAAGCUGCACAGAUUGUCGCGGGCGACCUCGUGCAAGCGUAUCGCGGACGUUUUACCACAGGCCUACCACCGAUUUCUCGAGAAACAGAGCAGAAGCUACUGCACAGUGCACGCUUAUUCAAAGCAUCACACUUGCGGCUUGCUAGUCUGGAGAAACGGAUAGCCAACAUUACUAGCUUGGCGUUCAACAUCGUUACACAAGAGGACAGUCGCUCGAUGCACACCAUCGCUCUCAUCACCUUGGUCUUCUUGCCGAGCACUCUCAUUGCAACGGUAUUCAGUAGCUCCUUCUUCGACUUUACCACGGCCGAUGAUGACAAAAGCACCGGCGUCCACCUCUCAUCUCUCUUCUGGAUAUUCUGGGUCAUAUCGAUUCCCGUCACCCUGGUCGUGGUGUCGUGCUGGUGGUGUUUCAAGUGGAAUUCCAAUAGGAGGAAGAAGAAGCGCGCUUCGGUGGCUUGA